AUUAUCUUUGCAUAGACAGCAGUGAAAAAAGUAUCUUGGUCUGUUUCCUCAGUGAUCACUUUUAACUCUAAGCACAAAGGAAGUCCCAAAGAGUGGUAAGGCAGAAGGAGGAACCAAGCCAAGCCAAAGGAGUUAAUCAGUGAAGAACAUACUGAGUUACCGCAGAAAUCAAGUGACGUGGAAAGAAAUGCUGGCUGGAAUGAAGCAUUUGUACCCAAAGAUGCUUGUGGGUUAGACAUACUACAGAAUGAUGAAAAGCCUGAACCAUGGAUGCAAAAUCUGGCAUUAGUUGUUUUACAAAAUGGGGUACUAUGUAUGUCCUGCUGCUCCCUAUCAUACUGGCCAUGGCAGUAAUGGGGUCAUCUCUUGCAAGACAGACCAAUCAAAAUAAUUCUAUGCAGCGCCAUGGCAACAUUUCCAUCAGAUCUGUGACAGUGAACAAGGUUACAUCUCAGUUGGCAGAAGGUAAAGUGAAUAAGUCUGCAGUAAUUGGCACAGCUGUUGUAUUGGAUUGCCCUCAUCACAUAUAUGACCUGGCAGUAUGGAAUGUAUACUUACAUAAUGGAAUGUGGUGCCAUUUAUCAUACAGGACUGAUGAAUGGCAGGAAAGCAAAAACUGCAGCGAGGAUACAAAUUGGUUAUCUAGACCAGAGCACCUGCCUUCUCUUCAGAUAAAGUCAGCCCAAAUUUCCAACGAAGGAUUAUACCGAUGUUCUAUUUCAGAUACUAAUGGAACUUUCUUCUUUUCAUACUAUCUAACAGUGUUAGUGCCUCCCAAAGUGUCUUUGAGUUAUAACGUCAAUGGCAAUCCUAUGUGCAAGGCAACUGCUGGAAAACCAGCUGCACAGAUUUCAUGGAUCCCGGCAGGAGAUUAUAAAACGAAACCUGAAGUCUCACUUAAGGGCACAGAGACAAUCAUCAGUGAAUACUAUGUCACCAAUGCCACUCAGGAUGACAUAGCUUGUAUCGUCUCACAUCCUGCCUGGGAAAAGUCCCAUGUCUUCAAUCUCUCAUUAGCCAUGAACAAUGCAGGAAGGACAGAUCUUACGCGAAUUCUCUAUAGCAGCCUCAUUUGUCUCCUGGGAAUCUUCAUGCUUCUACUUUUCAUUUACCUAUGGAGGGUCUUCCGUGGAAGAAAAACAGAUGUCACUGUUCUGAAAAUCCCUGAAACAAUUUCAACACGACUGAGCUUCCAGGAGAGUGAUACACAACCAUAUGCCACCUUUGUGCAAGUGGAAAAUGUGAUCUAUGACAAAGCAAGUGACUUCUCACCGGGAUUUUCAAGUUCAACAUGAGCCAUCAAUUAGGCCAAGCUUUGUGAAGAUGUGUUAAAAGUGGGGGGAAACCCCUACUUAGUAACAGUGAAGACGGCAUGCUAUUUCUUUAAAGAGACCUUCCUUCCCACUGAACAUGGAAACAAUUUGGUUUGUGCACCUAAGUUGCAUCAUCAACAGCCCAUUGUCUCUAACAUUACAUUUGCUCCUGUCACUGUCAUUGGUUGCAAAGCCAGAGUUCGCUGUCUUCUGUGCAAAAGGAAAUGCUCAACUCACUGUGCAGAAAGUUUGUGGGUUGGAGCAAAAGGGGGUUGCCGCUUCCAGGUCUGGAACUGCCUCAGCAUAGUGUUGUUUUUCUCCAUCUCAGGAAUCUGUGUAUCUGGUGUGAUCCCGGGGAAGGCACAAGUUGCCAGGCAAGGAGUUUGAAUCUGCUUUGAGCUCAUUGCCUGGUGGGCUCAACUAAAAUGAUGUGCAUGAGAGGCUUCACUCUGGUUGGGCAGAAUGUUCAUGGUAGUAACCUUUGGAGCAUUACCACACCCACCCUUUAUUACAAUUGUUCUCCUUUUGUUAUUCUGCAGCUGCUUUUAUGUGUUUCGGUCAUUGUCAUACUUUUGGAGGGAGCAGUUGGCAUGGUUCUGAAUCUGGGACCUUGAGCACCAGUGCUCCCUUUGGGCACUGUGAAAGUUGGCGGUUCUCUUAUGGGACUCAGGGUGCACCUGAUCCAGCACAAGAGGCAAAAGGUGUUCUGGCAGCUCCUGGUGAUGGGGGAGGAUUAUGCCCGGCUUAUCCACCCUCAUAGUUGUUUUCUUGUCAUCCCAAAUGUUUCAGCUGAUGGCUGGAGAUUCAGGAUAAUUUAUCAGCAGGUGAGUUGGUUGAUGCUCAGAUCCACAACCUAUGUGUUUGAAGGAACCCCUUUUACUGCUGUAACCAAUAAAAAUGUUGCCUUAUUUAUCCAUCAAAA